AUGGAGAAGCUCAGGUAUCGACAUAGUAAGCACUUCAUAAGGCACGAGGAGAGGUUCCCAUUGACAUUUGCAGACCCCUUUCCUCUUCUACAUCGACCUAUCGAUGAAAGUGUCAUCAAUGAAUCGCAAAAGCAUAGCUCUGUUCACCUCCUGAUCCCUGUAUCCGAAUCGAAUCCCGAAUUUUGCAAGACUAUACUUUCCGCCUUCGUGAUUGGCUAUCCUGCACCUACACUGAUCAAUUGGGGCAAGCAUUCAGAAGAGGGUGCAAUAUUCAAAGAAGCCACUAGUCACACGGCAAAGAUCAAGGGGGUGUAUAAUUAUUUGAAUGACAGGGCGAAAAUCAAGGAUAAUGACCUGGUCAUGAUUGUUGACGGUUAUGAUGUGUGGUUCCAACUUCCGAUGCAGGUCAUAAUCGAGAGAUAUCGCGAAUUGAUUGAAGAAAUGAAUCAACGACUAAAAGACAUUUACGGGAUGAUCAGUAAGGACGAAAACGGCGACAACGUGGCGGAGAGGGUACCGAAAUACACGCAGAGCGUAAUUUUUUCUGCAGACAAGAUUUGUUGGCCCAACCCUAAAGUUGAUCCAGCAUGUGUCGCCGUACCAUACUCCACUUUGCCGGAAGACGUCUAUGGGCCAGAUACCGACAGGGACCCAAAAGCGUUCCACAACCGCCCACGAUAUCUAAACUCUGGUAACGUGAUCGGACCUGUAAAGAAUGUUCGUGAUGUCUACGAGGCUGCUCUUACCAAAGUUGAGAAGGGCGAAGGCGAUUUGGGUGAUCAAUUCGUCUUCGCCGAAGUCUUUGGAGAGCAAGAAUUUCAGCGUGAAACCCUUCGUCAGGAAGCUCAAACUACUGGUGAGAGCUGGCUCGAAUGGAUAUCUGAUAAGUUAUACCCUUCGGAAUCCCCAUUGUCCGCCAAUAUUACGAUCAAAAACUUAACGGCAGUACCGGGUCAGCGUUAUGAGUUUGGCAUUGGGCUUGACUAUGAGUCCCGUCUCUUUCAGACCAUGACCCACUCAGCAGCGGACAUCGAAUUCAUCUACUAUAAUUCGUCCUCUUCUUCUGAGCUACUCUCUGCAAAUCAUCAACACAGCAGCCUGCCUCUAUUCCUGCCAAAAGACCUUCAAUCAGCGAAUGCACCGCUCAGCUAUGCGAGCCCUGGCAAUCGAACGGGUGAGUCUGACCCAGGUCGUAAGACAUUUCUCCUCCCGUACUCGGCGAAUCUAGACAAUCUACCAGAUCAAGAGGUCGGCGGCUUCGAGCCGUCAUGGCGCAGCAUGCCACUCGCCACCAACACAUAUGCUGCUACGAUUCCGGGUCUUUUACAUAUCAAUGGCGACAAGUCAUUGUUGGAGUCUUGGUGGCCAAAAAUGUGGUAUCAUCCCUACGCUCGUGCUUUGCUAAGGCGUUUCAUUCGUUCUACACAAACGCUUGAAGCAGCGGAGGCAGCUGCUACGGGCGGCAAACAUUGGUGGGACCUGAGAGGUGGCCGAGGUGGAGUUUGGACAGAUCAAGCCACAUGGAUGAGCUGGCAGGAGGUGUGCAAAGGGGUCGACGAUGAAGUGUUUGGGGAUGGCAAAGGGGUGUUUGGAGAGGAAGAGGGAAAGCAGAGGUUGGUUAAUGCCUUUGGGAUGGCUUUGAUUGGGGAAAAGGAUAAUACGUGA